AUGUCAUAUUCUUCAAUUCCAGCAAUUAACCUACCCAUGCACUCGUCGUUUUCCGAGCCAAAUUCACCGCUGAAAGAGGUGCUCGGAGAGAAAUGGCAGACCGCCUCAUGCAGCGAUUUGGGCGAUAAUUACGUGAAACCAGGACCGCUGGCAAAGGCGAAAUUCAACGCGUUGCGAAAUAAGAGAGAAGCCAUCGAUCGGUUUUUGAAGAAGCAUAAAAAAGAGGACUUGAGUCUGUAUAUUGACGAACUCCGUGACUUCGCCAUCAGUUCCGGUGGGCUCGUCGAUGACGAGUUUCGAGCGGCGAUUUGGCCAGUGUUGGCGGCGAAUUUGGUGCAAAAUGACGAUUUAGAUGACGUCUCAUCAUCUUACGACUCGGAUUUCGAAUCGGCUCAGUCAGAUUUCGAUGAGGAAUCGCCGAUUUUUGAGGAACUGACGGAACUAACGCUGGACGAGCUGAAAGGACACAAAGAAUGGAAUCAAGUGGAAUUGGAUGUCCAUCGGACACUUUCAAGGUUUCCACCGAAUAUCUCAGAUACGCAUCGAGAUGUUCUUCAGACUGAACUCAUUCCUCUGAUUGUACGGGUGUUGAGUGUCAAUCCAAGGUUUAAUUAUUAUCAGGGAUUCCACGACAUUUGCCUGACCGUCCUGCUGGUUUGUGGUGAGAAAGACGCCCUCCCAGUGUGUUCGAAUCUGGCAAAAAACGGCGCAUUCAACAAUUAUCUGCUGAAAACACUGGAGAAAUCAGUUGUUCGAGAGUUGGAUCUUCUCUAUGUAAUACUGUCGAGAGUGGAACCGACAUUAGAGAAAGUGAUGAGAUCUGUCGAAUUGGGAACAAUGUUCGGUCUCUCAUGGCCGUUGACAUGGUUCUCGCAUUCGUUGAAACAGUAUCAGCAGAUCGUCCGUUUCUUCGACGUCUUCCUCGCCUCGUCUCCACUUCUUCCCAUCUACGUCUCAUCUGCAGUCGUUGUCUAUCGAAGAGCCAGUAUAUUGUCAUGCGAGAGAGAAAUGCCAUUCCUCCAUCGUCUUCUGACAGAAAUGCCAUCCGAGCUGCCGAUCGAUGCGAUUAUUAAAGAUGCAGUAUAUCUAUCAAAACUGAUGCCUCCGUGCCUACUCAAAACCAAUUAUAUGAACGAGUAUCGCAAAAUUGUCGCCAAACCUCACCGCCCCACCGUCAAAACCAUUCCUCGCUACGCCCUCCAAUUCAUGUUUGUCGCCGGAACCGUUGGCGCCGCCGCCAGUUUCUUCUUCUUCAAACAAAUUCAUCCGUUGUGA